AUGAAAAUAAGUUAAGGAAAUAUUUUUUCUAUCAUUUCGAUCAUUUCAGAUAAAGUUUAGUAAAUUUAUUUAGAGAAUAUAUUUUAUUAGGAGAAUUCUUAUUAUUAAUAUAUUGUAGAUCCAACAUUUACUUCUUCUAGUUUGCUUUUCAUAAAUUCUAUUUAUAGCUCUAUUAUUCUUAAAAAUAUAUAUUGUUUUGAGAAUUCUCUAACAAAUUCUUCUAAUUCAUUUAUUACUAUUAGUUCUAGUGAAAUUAAAGUAGAAUAAAUUAAAGUUUCCAAUCAUAAUUAUCUAAGAUUGGAGUUAUGGAAUAAAUAUUAUGAUAUUUAAAUAUAGUUAUUAAGUAAUCUCAAUCAGAUUGAAGUUAAUUAUAUAAUUGAAUAAGUUCUCUCAAUAAAAAAUAAAGGAGGAGCAAUGCAGCUAAUUGCUGAUAAGUUUACCUUAGAAAAUGGAUUCUUUUAAUACCUUAUUUCCAGAGGUAGCUCUGUUUUAGAUAUAAACACUAAAGGAAAAGGUAUUGUUGUUUUAAAUAAUUGCAGUAUUGCUUAUUCUUAAAAUAAUUUGCUUUUAAAUUAGGAAUAAGAAGGAUCAAUUAGUAUUAAUUCCUAAAAUAGUUAUUUAAAUCUAUUACUAUAAAAUUUUAAAUUCACAGAGAUUUUAAAUAAUUUAGCACCAGCAAUCAUAUCUGUUAAUCCAUCAGAAGUAUCAAAUAUUAUUAUCAUAAAAAAUGUUCAAGUUUCAAAUUGUUUUUCUUUAAUAAAUUUAUUUUUAUCAUUAUUAUUUCCUUUUGAAAAUGCUGAUUAAAAUAAAGUUAUAAUUGAAAACAUUCUUAUAUAAUAAAACAUAUAAGCUUCAAUAUAGUUCAAUAAAUAGCUCAAUAUCUUGGAACAAUUAGUAAUAUCAAAAGUAACUCAAGAUAAUGCUAUUAUAAAUAUAUAAGGAUGUCAAUUAAUUAUUCGUAAUUUAAUAUUUGAAGGAUUUACCUUAUCUGGUAUCUUAAAUUUAAUAAAUUGCAAAACUAUAGAACUAGUAAAUAUAUUUUUUAAAGAAAUUACUUUAUUUUACAAUUUGAAUUUGCUACAAAUAGAAUAGGUUUCAUAAUAUAAAUCUAUAAUAUUUAUAUAAAACCUAAAUACAUAUCAAAUAAAAAAGUUAAAUAUUAAGGAUUAGAAUUUAAGUCCAUAUAUUUAUCCAAAUUUUCUAAUUGAGUAUACAAAAUGUUAAACAUUAAAAGCUGUAUAGCUUUCAAUAAACGAAUAAUAAUUAGAGAAAAAGACAAAUAAUUUCGAAUAGAUUUAAUCCUAUUCCACUCAAGAUGGAUCAAUUUUAUACAUGAAAUUUUAAAACAAUCAAACAAAAGUCCAUAUGAUAUCUAUAUUUCUGUAAUAUAAUGAUUGCAUUACUUGUAUGAAUGGUUUAAUAUUCCUUUAAUUAGUUGAUUUUCUUUAAAUAAAGAUUGAAGAACUUUAUUGUAUAGGAAAUAUUGUCUAAUAAUUUGGAUGUAUCACAGCUUUAUCAGAUAUAAAACUUCAAGGAAAAUUACAAAUUAUGAAUUCUCUUUUUAUUAAUAAUACUGGUAGCUAAGGAUUGGCUCUAUCUUCAAUAAAUGUUAAGACAUUUAUUUCCAAUGUCAAGAUUUUGAAUAAUACAGCUACUUAAUUAGGAGGAGGAUUAUAUUUGAAUUUAAAUAAUGCAGAUUUUGUAAUAAAUUCAACAUAUAUCUAACAUAAUAAAGCAAGGGAAGGUGGGGGAAUAUAUUAAAAUGGAGAAAGUAUUUUGAGUGAAAUAAAUUUUUUGAAGUCAUUGUUAAAUUUUAAUAAAGCUGAAUUAACUACUGAUAAUAUAUAAGAAUUGCCUUCUCAUUUAGAAAUAUCAAUCAAUCAUCAAAUUAUGCCUUCAGAAUAAUCUUUUGAUUCAAAAUCAUAAAAGUCAUUAAAAUUAAGUCCCUAUAGAAUAUUAUAAUAAGGUAAAGUAAUUUUGUCAAAUAAAUUAAUGAUACCAAGCAAUUAAGAGAUCUCAAAAUAUGAACUAUACAAUCCAAAAUUAAAGAAAUUUUCAGCAUAUAUAAAUGAGUUUUCAAUUUAAUUAAAAAAUAGAUUUAAUGAAUAAUUGCUUAAUUUUACUAAUUCAACUUGUUAAAUUAUGGAAUCUAUAAUCGAUAUUAAAAAAUAAGUUAGAUUAAGCUCAAGCAAUGCUUCAUUAAUAUAUUUUAAUUAAACAACAAAUAAUUUCGACUUAGGAAAUUUAAUUUUUACUUUUGAUCCAUAUAAUCAAACUGACAAAUAGUAUGAAAUUGAAAUUUACUGCAAAACCUAAAGUUUAAUUAAGGAAUUAUCGUAUAAGAUAAAAGUAUAAAGCCUAAUUUGUUAAUUAGGAGAAUUUAAUGUUUUAAAUGGUUGUUUGACUUGUUAAUCUACAUAAGGGUUUUAUUCUGUUACAUACAAUGCUACAAAGUGUUCAAUAUUUGAUAAAACAAAAUUUGAAGCCAUUACUUCUAACAAUAUUAAAUUGAAACCUGGAUAUUGGAGACCUCAUCAGGAAUCUGAUUUAGUGAAUGAUUGCUUCAAAAAUAUUGAAUCAUGCAAAGGUGGUUGGGCUGUUGGUGAUGAUAUUUGUUAAAUUGGGCAUGUUGGAGGAUUGUGUGAAGAGUGUGAUAAGCAGAAUACUAGAGGAGAUGGAUAUUAUUUUAAAAAUGAUCAAUUUACUUGUUUAAAUUGUAGCAAUUUUUCUAUUAACAUAUUAUCUUUGGUUCUCAUAACAAUUUGGUAAUAAAUUAAUUCUACAAUAGGGUCUUUCUAUCAGCUUUUAUAACAUUAACUAGUGUAUAGAAAACUAAUUAACUCUUUGCUUCAUUAAAACUCACUUAAAAUUUUGCUCAUAUCCUAUUUAAGAUGAAUAUAAGUAUUUGUUUAAAAAAUAUUAUUUUUAGAUUAAGAGAGUAUUUUAUUAAAGUUAUUGCUUAAUUACAUUUGGAUAUUUUCUGUAAUUUUUACUUUUAACAUUCAAUUCUCUUUUUCAUUUAUUUUUGUUAAUUAGAUGAGUGAUACAUCAUAUUUCCUUACUCGUAAUUUAGAUUGUGAAAUUUCAUAAUCAUUUGAAAUAGAAUUAAUAUAUAUUAGAGUAUUAGGAAUGUUUACUCUAAUCAGUUUAUAAAUCUUUGUUAUUUAAUUAACAGUUAACAUUUUUAUUAUGCUUACAAAAGGAAAAUUCAGUAGUAACAUAUCUUCAAUUACAAUAAUUUAUUUAUAUGUAUAAAACUAUGCUGCAUUAAUCAAUUAGUAUGAUUUUAUAAUGAUUUAAGGCUUUUUUCAAUUUUGGCCAAAAGGGAAAUCUCUAAUAUUGAUUACGUUUAAGGAGAUGUAUCUCUCCUAUUUGACUCACUUAAUCAUUAGGCAUGGAUUUAUAAGUUUGCUUUACCUCUUUCAUUACUGAUAGGAUUAAUUUUACCGAUAUCAUUACUUUUAUUUUUGUACAAGAAAAGAAAUUUUUUUGAUAAAAUAUAAUUCAGAAGACAUAUUGGCUAUUUAUUUAAUGAAUAUAACACCAAUAACUCUUUUUGGGAAUGGGUUAAAUUAUGGAAGAAAACCAUUAUUAUAGUUAUUUUGAUUUAUUUUGAAACUAAUAUAUUUUUAAAAGGAAUCUUGAUUGCAAUGUGCUUAAUGAUCUAUUAAAUAAUCACAUCAUCAUAUUUGCCUUACAUUUAUCCAAAAUUAAAUAAAUUGGAUUUGAAUUCAGGAUAAUUUUGUUCCAUAGCAAUUUUCUUAGCUGCCGUUUAAUAUAUUUGUGAAUAGUAAGGAGACUAAAUCUUAGCACAAAUUUUGUAAAUUUUAAUAGCCCUUAUUUGCUUUAGAUUUAGUUUUCCAUAUCUUUUUGAUAUUAUCUCUGCUUAUUAUAAAAAAUACAAAGAAAAUUUUUUGACAUACCUCAUAAUUAUAUUAAAAAAAUUCUUUCCUUAAUCAAGUUUAAUCUGGAAAUUUAAUGAUAUUAUAGAUUAAUGGAGAUAAAAGAGUUCUAGGAUAGAUAGAAAUUUCAAAAAAUUGCGAAGGCUUACAAUUUCAAAGAAGUGCUAAGAGAAAAAAGAGUAAAUAUUUUAUGUUAUUUAAGGCAAUAACAAAUUUAUACAACAUUAUCCCUUAAUAAAGUCGGGGAGGCCAAAUUAAAACUGUUGAAAUAAUGA